CCUCCAGAAUCUAAUCUCAGCAGCCACCGGCAUGAAUCUGACCACCGUGGACGACCCCAUCCAGAGGAAGUUCCUUCCCAGCUUCCUGCGCGGCGUGGCCGAGGAGAACAAGCUCGUCACGUCUCCGAACUUCGUGGUGACGCAGGCUCUGGUGGCGCUGCUGGCAGAUAAAGGCGCCAGACUGCGACCUGCGUACGAUAAAGCCGAUAUGGAGAAAAGAGGGCCUCUGGAGCUGGCCAACGCUCUGGCGGCCUGUUGCCUGUCCUCCAGGCUCUCCUCGCAGCACCGCCAGUGGGCCGCCCAGCAGCUGGUCCGCACGCUGGCCGCCCACGACCGUGACAACAACCAGAGCCGGCCGCAGACCUUUGCCGACAUGGCGGGGGACCUGCGGAAGUGCUCCUUCAUCAAGCUGGAGGCUCACCAGAGCAGAGUCAUCACAUGCGGCUGGUGCAGUAAGAAAGGCCUGCUGGCCACCAGCGGCAACGACGGGACGGUCAGGAUGUGGAACGUCACCAAGAACCAGUACACGCUCCAGCAGACCUGCAUCUUCAACAAGGAUGACGGCUCUUCAGAGGAGGGCAUGUCAGGUUUAGGAUCUCCCGGCGACUCGUGUCUGUGUCCUCUGGCGUGGAGCGUCACUGGAAAAUAUCUGGCCUCCGCCAUGGACAAAAUGGUCAACAUCUGGCAGGUUAAUGGUGGUAAGGGCCUCCUGGACGUGCAGCCUCACUGGGUGUCGGCGCUGGCUUGGCCCAAAGAGGAAGCAGAGUCGUUGUGGUGCGGGGAACCCAAAGACAUGCUGCUAGUGGGACGAAUGGACGGAUCUCUGGGCCUCAUCGAGGUGCUGGACACGUCCACGAUGCACCGCACCGAGCUGGAGCACUGCUACAGGAAGGAUGUGGCGGUGAUGCACAUCGCCUGGUACAGUGAGGACAAACCGUUCGCAGUGGGCUACGCAGACGGCAAACUGCUGAUCGGAUCCAAAGAGCCUUUAGAAAAAGGAGCCAUCGUGGUCAUCGACGCACACAAGGAGUCCAUCACCAGUAUGAAGUGGAGUCCCACGGGAGAGAUCCUGCUGACCUGCGCCAAAGAGGAGACCGUGAAGCUGUGGGCCAGUCCCGACCCUCGCUCCGACUCGGGCUCCGGCUCCGGCUGGCGCUGCCUGCAGAGCCUCAGACACCCGUCCCCGGUGCACGGCGUGGCCUGGUGUAGCCAGCUGGGACGCGGCCCGAAGCCCCUCAGCAUGUUGGCCAUAUGCUGUCAGAACGGUCUGGUCACCGUCUGGACGGUCCCGCAGAACAUCUCCAACUUCCCAGAAUCCUCUUCCACUGAGUCAGAGGGAUGGUGGGAAAACGAAACAAAACCCAAAUUCAUGUCCUCACGGUGGUCAGAAGACGGAGCGACGUGUGUUUUCCAGCUGAAAGGACACAUCACUCCUGUGAGGACGCUGGCCUUCAGCCCCGACGGCCUGGCUCUGGCAUCUGGAGGAGUGGGAGGCCUCAUGAACAUCUGGUCCCUGCGG